AUGGCUUUUUCGUUCACGCCAUUGGGACUGUGGCGACAGGUGGCUUGUCAAAAGGAGAAGGAAUUCGAGCUAGAUCGUCGCUCAUGGUCGUGCUUUGCGUAUGCGGUUGUUUUUGUUUGUUUUGUUGAGCCAGUCACCGCGUCGUGGAGUUUACACGAUCGAUCGCAGUCCACGUUGGCCAUGCACAGGGGGGUGCCUCAAAUCAAGGACAGCCAGCCGGAGGCUAUCUCUCUCUCCAUCGAUUCCAUGAGCAAAUUGGGCCGAGGGGUUGAAAAAUCACUGAUUGCUCAGAUGGAAAUGGAUAUUCUGUUCCAACUCGGCUGGCUGGUCCACCCACCUACAUCUGUUGUCUUUCUGAAUAGCUACAUGCUCCUGUUACACCGCGAAGGAGAGUCGUAUCAGGCUGCCAUUUUAGACUUGGCAACCUUCUAUGUUGAGUUGGCGGUUCUGGAUUAUCAGUUUGUUCGUCGCCGACCUUCAAACAUUGCCAUGGCGGCACUCCUUAAUGCCAUUCAAGAAAAGAUACCGACAGAGUUUUCUCACUACUAUUCUCAAUUGUCCUUGACUUCUGCGACGCCCAUGGAGGACAUGUAG